AAGGAGGAAUUCGGGGCGAGGGCGGGGCUUGGAGGGGGCGUGGCCUGAAGGGCGUGGCGUGGCGCAAUCCCGGCCUCCCAAGAUGGCGGCGCCCGGAAAACAAUAUGGACUUAUAUUUCCUAAGAAGGCUCAACAGAAAGGACUGGUCAAGCACGCUGUGUUUAUGGAGGACUCCGACGACGAGUCUUCCAUCAGCGAGAGCCUUCAACGGGAAGCCCUAAAGAAGCAAGCAAUGAAACAAACCAAGCUGGAGAUCCAGAGGGCCCUGGCCGAGGACUCCACCGUCUACGAAUACGACAACAUCUAUGAGGACAUCCAGCAGAAGAAGGCGGCCGAGAGCCAGGCCAGCGUCCUGGCGGGCAAAGAGGAAAAAAAGCCCAAAUACAUCCAGAACAUCCUGCAGGCGGCCGAGCUGCGGAAGAAGGAGCAGGAGCGGCGGAUGGAGAAGAAGAUCCAGAAGGAGCGGGAGUCGGAAGGAGACGCCUUCCAAGACAAGGAGGCCUUCGUCACCUCGGCCUACAAGAAGAAGCUGCAGGAAAGAGCCGAGGAGGAGGAGCGGGAGAGAAGGGAGGCGGCAGUGGAAGCCUCCUUGGACGUCACCAAACAGAAGGACCUGAGCGGCUUCUACCGGCACCUGCUGAACCAAACCGUGGGGGAAGAGAAGGCGCCCCACUGCAGCCUUCGGGGGGCCGGGUUCAAAGGAGAAGACCUCACUGAGAAACCAACAGGCUCCCAUCAAGGUCUGGAAAGCAAAACGAGAACUCGCGUUCCUGGGAAGGGAGAGGAGAACCUGGAUGCAGACAGUGACUUGCGAACUGACAGCAGUGACAGUGAGGGAGUCCCGGAGAGAAGUGGCGAGCAGAAGGCUGCCGAGGCAGGCGAUGGGUACCUUCGUGGUCGCCAUUUGAUGCCUCGGCAAAGCGAGAGGGAUUCGAGGUCACCCAGCGAGGAAAGACGCCCGCACUCCCCUCAGGCAGAGAAGCGAGACCGCAGAAGGGACGAGGCUCGCCAGCAUGAUGGAAAGAAUCACCCGAGAAGACACGGAAAGGACGAGCGAAGCAGGACCGAGGGCCAUCAUCGGAGACGAGAGGACCGGCACAGGAAGAAGGAUCGGGAGGAAGAGGAGGAGAAGCAGGAGCACAGGCGAGGAAGAGAAAAGAAGGAACAUCGGUCCAGAGAGAAAGACCAAGAUGAAGAGAGGGAAAAAGGACGGGGAAGGGAUGCAGCCAGCAGGGAAGACAGAGACGAGAAGCCAAAACACGGCUGGAAACGCAGCUUGGGGUCCGUCCCCCAAGAGGAGCCCCAAACUCCAGGGGGAAACCUUCCGAGCCCGGAGAAAUCUCCUCAGUUGACGCACGAGGCUUCGGCCGACAGCGGAGAGACCCUGGAGAAGCCGGCCGAGAAAGUCAACAAAUUUGCUAAGCGCAGUGACCAGGAGACCGUCUCGUCCGCCCGGGACCGCUACCUCGCCCGGCAAAUGGCCCGCAUGGGUAGCAAAACCUACGUGGAAAAAGAGGAAGAUUAGGUGUGGCUACACAGGAGAAAAAUUCGUUGAGAAUCUCAGGGGGCUUUUUGAGCCGAGGUAAGACGGGGGCUAUUUAUUUCAAAUAUUUCUGGAUGCGAGAAGCCAAGAGGCGGACCUCGGAGGGAGCCGAGUCUCGUUUUAGCUUGCCUGUCUUUGAGGCCGGGAGUCUGCUAGGCCGGAGAGCGUUUGCAGGCUUAGCCUGGGCCGAGAGAAAAAAAAAAAACCCUUCAGAGACAUUUCCUCGAGAUUCAAAAAUUUGAGGAAGAAAAGCAUGCAGGUUAUACAAGAUCAGGGACAAUCCAAUGUUUAUUUUUGUUUUGUUUUAAAUGCAGAUGUAAAGAUUAGGAGUUUCUGUUUGGUGUUUUCUUACUUCUGCCUUCCAGAGCCAGCAAAAUAAAGUGAAAAAGAGAACUA